AUGCUUGUUUUGCCUGAACCCCUUCUCAUCUCCUCAGCGCAGAAGCCCCUCUACCUCACCCCUACCCCACCAGACCGCCAGACGCAAUGCCAAUCUCGCCCAUUUGAAACUGCUGGCGUCCCUCUCCUGUCAGAAACAAUAGCAUUGCCAUCCAGCGGGAGGCUGCUCACCCCUAUGUUCAUUCCGACAGCCUCGCAGAAGAGCAUCUCCAGGGGCGCAGCCCCACCAUUAACAAGGUCAACGCUGCAGGAGCCAGAAAGCGUCAGCGACGCAAUGCUGCUGGAAGCCACGUCCGAAAAACAGACUUCCUUUCAAAGCGACCAUCCAGAGGGACCGCGGCCACCGAGCACCCUCCCAGUUCCCACCACGUCCAUCUGCUCGCAUCCGAACAGGAAACCCGGGGGCGCCUCCGGGCCUUCUUUUCUCCACCGAAUACUUCGAAACGAUGUCUGCCCAACACUAACGCCAUAG